AUGGAGAUGCCCCUUUGGCGGUUAAACGUGUGUAUAUUAAGAGGGAAACCUUAUUUGAUUCAUGAUAUGAUUAAAGUGGUUGUUCAAGGCGUUGAAUAUGGGAUGGUGGUGCGUGAAAUUUCAAAUUGGGAACCGGAUAUUAUGGAGGAGCGAGAAAUAGGUUCAGAUAUUUCGGAUCUGUCAUGGGGGGGGGGGAGAGAAGAUGCUUAUUUUGAUGAUGAUGUGAAUGAUAUUAUUGAUGUAGAUAAUGGUGAUAAGGUUGAUGAGGGGCAAGAGAAAUCUUUUAGCAUGGAUAAUACACCUAUUAAUGGUGGUAGAGGAGUUGGGUUUGUUGGUAGAAAGGGAAGAUUUUUUCAGACUACUAAUAAAAGAAAAGGUAAUGGAGCUAUGGAAGGGGGUCUUUCUCCGCCAAAAGUUGUUGUCACGAGAGGUGUCGCCGAAAAUCAAUGUAAUCCAGUUGUGCCUUCUCCGGUUAGGGUGGCUGAGUGUGAGCUGCAGGGUGAUCCACCCCAUUUGGUGGUUGAUGUGGAGGGGGAGGGGGCAUCCGAAUCACCAUUACAACCUCCCGGUUUUAGAUGA